AGAUAAACAUAAUAAUGAACAAAGUAAUUACUUUUUUAUUCUGUCAGCAAGUAGAACGUCUCAUAUGGAAACAUUUCAUUCCGUUAAAGCUGUUUAUUAAUAUUCUCCUCAUCUACGUUAGUUCAUUAACAUUAAUAAACAUUUAAUAAUCAUGAUUAUAUCCCAGAACAUUGUUUUAAAGUGUCCUUCGUAGAGGACUUCCGGUUCCACACCUUUUCUUCUUUAGUGUCUUCCUCAGGAAGGAAGGAGACCUUUCCUUCUUUAAAUUACAAAUGUACAUUGAACAAAACAUUAGACAACAUUUUGUGCUACAGGAGGUCUUUAAAAUUACUGUAUUAUCAUUAUUAUAUUAUUAUUUGCUAAUGGACAGAGAUGGUCUCAACCAACAGAAGGUGGGUGAAGUCUCAUUUUAUUCAGUAUUUGUGUGAUUUUGGUCUCCUUUUAACAUAUUUCACCAGUAAAUGCUGUGUUAUACGGUUUGAAAGUACCAUUAUUGGUCUUUGUAUUAACUGUUGUGUUAUUUGUCUCUUUGUGUUUUCAGAGUGUGGAUCUGAAAAUCAGCAGCAGUGUAGAAGAGUCUGACACUAAAAAGAAGUCAAGAUGUCCGAGGGAAAGAAAAUGUCGUCAAGCCGCAGGCAUCAUCUCAAGAGUUUGAUCCUACAGAUCGCCGCUACCUGGCUGGCGCAGGAGGCUGGGGAGAUUGUGGCCGCUAAAGAGGCGUACAUGGCGGAGAAGUGUCCCCCCCCCGACCUGAGUGGAGAGGUGGCCCUGAUGGAAUUCUGCAAAAAGCUGCACCAGGGCCUCGACAAGUUGGACGAAGAAAGAUACGACGCUUACGCCAAAGUGGAAAAGUCCAACAAGGAGAUUGAGGACCUGAAGAUGAAGGUACUGGAAAUGUCCGGGGUGAAGAAGCCGGCCCUGAAGAAGGUCCGCAUGUCAGCUGACAGCAUGCUGCAGGCCCUGCUGGGGGGGAAGCACAAGGUGACCAUGGACCUGAGGUCCAACCUGAAGCAGGUCAAGAAGGAGGUCAAGGAGGAGGCCGGCGAGGCGGUAGGCGACUGGAGGAAGAACAUCGAGGACAAAGUCGACAGGAAGAAGAUGUUCGAGACCUCCUAGAGACUCCGCCUCCACCUGCUGCCCGGUUCUUCAUGGAAUUGGAAAAACUUGCACCAUUAAAUUGUUUCUUUUUUAAUAAUACAGCUGACAGCUUUAACACCACGGAGGGUGUCUUUUAUUUCAGGCCGAAGGCUAAGCCUGAUGAUUAAAGCGUUAAACAGAA